AUGACAAAGAUCUGGGAAAUGGGAAAAAGUGCCAGUGUCCAGCAUGCUGAGCACUCAAGCGCACCUAUACAAAUCAAUAUUGAUGAGGCAGCUGAAUUGGCCAAUGAUGUUGGCAACAUAAAACCCUCACUUUGGACACUAAGCAUGAUGCGUUUGUACGGUUGCUUAUUUAUUGGAUACCUAUGCGCAACCGUGAACGGUUUCGAUGGUGCUGUCAUGGGUGGAAUCAAUGCGAUGACUUCUUACCAGGACUAUUUCCAUAUGGUGAGCGCGUCCUCAAGCACUGGUAUUAUAUUUGCCAUCUACAGUAUCGGUACUGCGUGCGCGGUCCCAUUCGUCGGACCUGUGAGUGAUCGAUGGGGACGGCGAGCCGGUAUGUUUUUUGGCGCGAUAAUCGUCAUACUUGGAACGGUGAUCACCUCUCGAGCGAUCAAUCAUGGAAUGUUCAUGGGUGGGCGUUUCGUCUUAGGAUUCGGAGUCUGUUUCGUCAACGUCAAUGGACCAGUAUAUGUUGCCGAGAUGGCCCAUCCCGCUUGGCGCGGUCCCUUAACCGGCCUUUACAAUUGUUUCUGGUACAUUGGAUCUAUCGUUGCUGCCUGGGUUGUAUACGGCACGCAGACCCAGACUAAUGGAUGGCGCACCCCCCUAUACUGUCAGUUCAUUGCAAGCGGCAUCAUUUCUGUGGCUGUCUGGUUCUUACCAGAGUCCCCUCGGUGGCUUGUCAGUCAUGGAAGAACCGAAUUAGCACGGAAUAUUCUCGCAAGAUACCACGGUGAGGGCAGCCCAGAGCACCCCAUCGUCAAACUACAGAUGGCCGAAAUGGAGUUCCAGAUCUCAGCUGAGGGAUCAAACAAGAAGUGGUGGGACUACAGAGAGUUGUGGAAGACAAGAUCCCACCGUCAUCGUCUGAUUUGUGUUCUCUCAAUGGCUAUAUUCGGUCAAUGGUCUGGUAACUCAUCCACCAGUUAUUAUCUUCCCGUUAUGCUCGAGAACGCAGGUAUCACCUCAGAAAGCCGGAAGCUUCUCCUAAACGGCAUCAACGCACCCCUUUGCUUUAUUUCUUCGAUCAUGGGAACGAUGUUCCUCGACAAGGCCGGUAGACGUCCACUCCUCAUUUUGAGUCUCAUCUUCUGCAUCGUUUUUCUCGCCAUCUUGACGCCUCUUUCAAAGGUCGCAGAUGAGCAUCCAGAGCAGAGGUCAACAGCUAACGCAAGUAUCGCAUUUAUUUACCUCUUCGGCAUUACAUACUCCUUUGCCUGGACUCCACUGUCUCCCAUGUACGUCGUCGAGUGCCUCGACACCAACGCACGCGCGAAGGGAAAAUCUCUGGCCCAAUUCUUCACAGCCUGUGCUUCUGCUAUCAUCCAAUACGGCUCCGGUCCUGCUUUUGAGCACAUCAAAUACUACUUUUACAUCGUCUUUAUCGGCUGGGAUUUGUUUGAGGUGGUUUUUAUCUACCUAUUCUGGCCGGAAACGAAAGACAGGACCCUGGAAGAGCUUGAUGAGGUUUUCCAAGCACACAAUCCUGUCAAGCGGAGUCUCGAGGCUAAGAAUCUUCAAACCGUGUUUAACACUCUUCAUGUCGGGGAUAAGCAGUCGGAUGCAUGA